AUGAGUGGUUGGACUGACAGAAAUAUGGACAGCUUCAAGAACUUUGUUGAUAGGUUAUUGAAACCCCACGAUCAGGUAAGAUUAGAUUGCUUUAGGCUAAGUCAUGAGAUUUGUUCAUGGAAUGAUGGAGAUCAUGAUUUUGAUAUCUCUGGUUGGAUAUGUGCUGCAUUGUGCCGUGGUGUUAAGGAAAUUGAAUUGCAGUUAAGUUAUCUUGACGAUAUUUUACCAGCUGUUUUAUUCACUUGCCGCUCACUGGUGACACUGAAAUUGGAUGCAGUAGGUCAUAAGUUUAAGUUCCCAUCUGACGUUUGUUUAGGGAAUCUGAAGACUUUGCACUUUAGAGACUCAUUUUUCGGUGAUUCCAUUCAUAGGUUAAUUUCCAAUUGCCAUGUCUUAGAAGAUAUGGCUUUUAUUGAAUGUGAUUUUUAUAAUAUAAGCAAGAUCAAUAUCCAAAUUCCUUCGCUUAAGAGAUUGAUUUUAGAUUUUGAUCUCGGAGAAUCCGGAGGUUUAAAUUAUGUGGUGGUGAUUAAUGCUCCAAAUCUUGUUUAUUUUCAAUAUACUGACGUUGUAGCAAAAGGUUAUACUUUGAGUACCAUGAAGUCUCUAGAAAAAGCUCAUAUUACCAUCUGCGGGUGUGAUACCAUUGAUUCUCAAACAAUUGCAACUCAUCUUAUUCAAGGAAUUUGCAAUAUGCGAUCUCUACAUUUAACCAUUAAUGAAGAGGUUGUUGCAGGAACUCAAUGGAAGGCUUUAGAAGUUCCUUCUUGUUUGUCAUUUCACCUUAAGGAGAUUGAAAUUUCAAGCUUUAACACACAUAUGAUUGAAAUGGUUAGUUAUUUCUUGGAUAAUGCAAUGAUUCUGGAAAAGCUCAUAAUAAGUAUGGAUGCCCUGACUGUGACACAGGAAAAGAAAACCCGCAACCAAUUAUUGCAGUUAGUAAAGAGUUCAAAGAAAUGUUUAAAACUAGUUGUGAUUUUGUAG